CAGGCUGGUGUCCAGAUGGGCAAUUCCUGUUGGGAACUGUAUUGCCUAGAGCAUGGGAUUGAGCCAGAUGGCAUCAUCGUCUCUGCAUCCUCAGGGCAAGCAGGGUCUUCCUUUGGGACUUUCUUCAGUGAGACAGGAUCAGGGAAGCAUGUGCCCAGAGCAAUAUUUGUUGACCUGGAGCCCACUGUCAUUGAUGAGAUCAGGACCGGGACCUACCGCACACUCUUCCACCCAGAGCAGCUCAUCAGUGGCAAAGAAGAUGCUGCCAACAACUAUGCUCGGGGCCACUACACCAUUGGGAAGGAGACCAUCGACUUGGUGGUUGACAGGACUCGUAAAAUGACUGAGCAGUGCAGUGGCCUCCAAGGGUUCCUGGUGUUCCACAGCUUCGGGGGAGGCACAGGCUCCGGCUUCACCUCCCUCCUCAUGGAACGGCUCUCCGUGGAGUACAGCAAGAAGUCCAAGCUGGAGUUCUCUGUGUACCCAGCCCCGCAGGUCUCCACAGCAGUGGUGGAGCCCUACAACUCCAUCCUCACCACCCACACCACCCUGGAGCACUCGGACUGCUCCUUCAUGGUGGACAACGAAGCCAUCUAUGACAUCUGCAACCGCAACCUGGACAUCGAGCGCCCGACCUACACCAACCUCAACAGGCUGAUUGGGCAGAUCGUCUCGUCAGUCACCGCCUCUCUGAGAUUUAAUGGUGCUCUGAAUGUUGACCUGACUGAGUUCCAGACCAACUUGGUGCCCUACCCACGGAUACACUUCCCACUCACCACCUACGCACCCAUCAUCUCGGCAGAGAAAGCUUACCACGAGCAGCUGUCAGUGCCGGAGAUCACCAAUGCUUGCUUUGAGUUCUCCAACCAGAUGGUGAAAUGUGACCCGCGCCGCGGCAAGUACAUGGCCUGCUGCCUGCUGUACCGGGGCGACGUGGUGCCCAAGGAUGUGAACGCGGCCAUUGCAGCCAUUAAAACACGCCGGUCGAUCCAGUUUGUGGACUGGUGCCCCACAGGCUUCAAGGUGGGUAUCAACUACCAGCCUCCCACGGUGGUGCCUGGGGGAGACCUGGCCAAGGUGCAGCGGGCCGUCUGCAUGCUGAGCAACACCACAGCCAUUGCGGAGGCGUGGGCCCGCCUGGACCACAAGUUUGACCUGAUGUACGCCAAGCGAGCCUUUGUGCACUGGUACGUGGGGGAGGGCAUGGAGGAGGGGGAGUUUUCGGAGGCCAGGGAGGACCUGGCUGCCCUGGAGAAGGAUUAUGAGGAGGUUGGAGGAGACUCAGUAGAUGUAGAAGAGUAUGAUGAUGAAUAA